AUUUAGAACAGGGUCAUGUCCACAACGACAUCGAACCCCCUCCAACUCACAAUAUGUCUGUCCUCGGGAGGCGCGGGGCAGGACUUGCUGCUCGAGGGACCACUCUAGCAUCAUCAGCAACUGCAAGUUACCUCAUUCGGCCCUUCUCCGCCUUGAACCGCCCUCCGCCGAAGUAUCCCGGCCAUGUUCCUCUAACCUUUCUUGAGCGCGGUGCCCUGGCCGUUGGUUCUGCAGUAGGGUCGCUUAUGAACCCUCGAAGAGCGGAUCUCAUUGCGGCUUUGGGCGAAGCUACUGCAACUCCCUACUUUAUAUACAGACUUCGCGAUGCAAUGCUAUCUGAUCCCACGGGCCGACGCAUCCUUCGUGACCGCCCCCGCAUCACCUCCGAAACUCUGAAACUGCCUUACCUCCGCACCUUGCCCGAGAACUCAGUGGGGCGCACCUAUGCUACAUGGCUUGAUCGGGAAGGGGUCUCUCCCGACACGCGCGAUAGUGUCAAGUAUAUUGAUGACGAGGAAUGCGCGUAUGUCAUGCAGCGGUAUCGGGAGUGUCACGACUUCUACCAUGCGGUGACUGGACUCCCUAUUUUUGUCGAGGGAGAAUUGGCACUCAAGGCGUUCGAGUUUCUGAAUACACUCAUUCCCAUGACGGGGCUGAGCAUCUUUGCCUUCGUGCGGUUGAAGCCCGCAGAACGGGAACGAUUCUUCUCCCUACAUUUACCAUGGGCGGUUCGCAGUGGGCUUGCCAGUAAAGAACUGAUCAAUGUAUACUGGGAGGAGAUCUUGGAGAAAGACGUUGACGAGCUUCGGAAAGAGCUGGGAAUUGAGAGACCCCCAGAUCUACGAGAAAUCCGGAAAUUGAUGCGGCAACAACAAAAGCGGGAGAAGGAGAGGCUCGAAGGAAAAUCGUGACCGAUCAACAGAGCUCCUCCUUGAGGAGAUUCCAGAGAUUCUGACUUCCGUAUUACCAAAAGGAAGCAGUGGAGGAUUCAAAAAGAGAUGCCAAAAGAUUACCCUAGAUGAUGGAUAUUCGCAACCGGACAUCUGGUUUCAAGGCCACGAACUACAUCAGGCGACUCAAGUCAACGUCGACUGAACAAAGAGUUGAAGCUAGGGAGAGCUCGCUCUGCCCGUGAAUGUCUCCAUCGCCUGGAUUCCCUGUUCAAUGACCUCACAGUCGGGUAUUUGUCUUUGUAAAUCGUGAAUCAUAAAUUAACACCACUCAUCAGCAACUGCUUAGCUCAAGCUGGGUUCAAAGACUGCCAAAACAG